GAGAUCAUGACUGAGUGUGCCUAACUCUCGGGCAAAAAGGGGGUGAAAAAAGUUUAUGGACCGUAGGCGUGGCGGAAUCAGACGUCUACAGACUUGAGAGCCGAGUGUGUUUAGAGUACGAGGGGGCACCUCAGGAGCGGCGACCAAUCUCCCGUUGUUUCCUAAGACCUGGAAGAUUUGAAACGGAAAGGUGGCGAGCAGUGGCCAGCGCUUCCAAAAGGCAAUCCUGAGAGUUGUUAAUGCAACAUGAUCCUAUGGGACUUGCUCUAAAAAUACCAUCAGACGGGAGUUCAUGAACCACCUCUAUCUGUGUAAUUGGCUGCAGAUUAGGCGUUUUGUUUUCACCAAUCUAAUUGGACUUACUCAGGAUGAUCAAAAGUAUAUUGCAAAACGUAAUGGCACAAGUAACCCGAAGGUAAACCCUGUUUAUUGCAUACAUUUUGGUUGUUCUUUCAGACAGUUGCUUAGAAACAUACUUCGUAUUGAACAGAAGCAUUACAUAAAAGCAGACCUUUGCCACUGGAAUCUGAGUAUGAGAUGCAAUGAUCGUGUGUGCUUUUGAUCGACUUUGGACAAUCCACAGGAACAGAAUAGUAAGGCUCAGGGCCUAGUUUCAAAGCAACACCUCAAACUGAUUCAGCGGCAAAGCAGGGAGUCCCGUAGCUCUGAGAUAAAAUCAUCAAGGCAUCAAAACAAGGAGGGCAGCCAUGAAAAAAGCAGAGGUGCAGAUGACGCUGAAGAAGGGCGCAGAUGAUGGAGCGUAUGGCGUCGAACCUCCCAGCCCUCGGCUGGCAUCCAAACGGGCCAGAGUGAACCAGGACCAGCAGGUACCAGAUCCUGAAAGCAUGGUGUAUCCCACUCAAACGCCGCCCGUGUUCAUCCGGAAGAUGAGGAACGCGGCCGUGGGCACGGGAUGCGACAUCCGUCUGAAGGUGGCCGUAGCGGGAGACCCGCAGCCCGAACUGUUCUGGUACCACAACGACUAUCUGCUUAGCAUGGAUAAUCAAGAGUAUGGGGGCCUGUGGAUCAGAGACUGUAAACCCAGCGAUGCUGGCCUCUACACCUGUAUUGCCACCAACUUUCUAGGAGAGGCCAGAAGCAGUGCGGUCCUAGCUGUCCUGGAUUUGGGAGAAGACUCAGAGACUACAGAGGACGAAGCCGCGGAGCCCCAGCUACCCAUGGAGACCAAAGGAGGACCCGAGUAUCUUCAUGACCAGGCUGCCCAGAGAGUGCCUGCAGGUGACAGGGUGAUGGAUGCCGGUCCGGAGGGGGCUGGUCACCUGGGCCCACGCACGGAUAGUUGGGAGGGCACAGUGGUAGAGAAGGAGGCCCUGGCCCUGGGCUCUCGAGCGCCCGGGCAGCAGGACCUCACCAAGGCCGCCAGGAGCCAGUCUGAGGAUGCUUUGAGGGAGUCUCCCCCUCAAGUUCUCCCUCCCCCUUCCCCCAAAAUUGGCCGCCUCUCCAACGCCUCUCCCCUGCCCAGCCGAUCCGGCUCUGCCCCUGCCACGCCCCUUGCCCCACGCAAGAAAGCUGUCGUGCCAAGUGACUACCAGGAUACCGUGCCCUGCGAGUUUGAGGAGAAGAUCAAACAGCCCAAGUCCUCGGGCAUGUCCCAGAGCAGUGCCCAGGACUCCCGGCCUCAGACGCCCUGCAGCGAGUACUCGCGCAAGGAGAUGACCCCGCGCCCGUCGCCCAAGCUGACCCGCCCCAGCUCCAAGAUCUUCGAGAAGGUGCGCGACUUUGAACGCCGGAGAAGCAUCGACAACGAGGGCUCCAUCUCCGGACGGUCUUGGGCCGGGUUCCACCGAGCCCCGUCCGUCGACUCCGACGACGGCGGAAGCCGGCUGGGGAUCUCCCGGGAGAGCUCCCGGGAGGACCUGAGCGAGGCCCUGAAGGCCGACGCCGCCCAGCGGAGGUCCGUGUUCAGGCAGAGGGCCGCCUCCUUGGAGGACCGGCCGCGGCUCUCACAGAAGGUCCAGGACAUCGAGAGCAAGUUCACAGAGGAGCUGCAGCGCAUCAAGAAGCUGGUGGGCAAGCCGCACAUGAAGAAGUCUUUCUCCACGGAGCAGCUCGCCCAGCGGCAGAGCCGACAGCCCCUGAGGAAGCUGGAGCCCAUCCCCCCCCAGGUGCUGCAGAAGCUGCAGGAUCGGGAGCGCGCCCAGCAGGCCCAGGAGCAGAAGGAGAGAGAGCGGCAACGCACGGAGCAGUCGCCCCCCAAGUCGCCGCGUCUGGAACAGCAGCAGGCGGCGCCUGAGCAGACCAGGCCGGAGCCCAAGCGGACCACGGUGACCAUCGUGGCCGGUAACCGACUGGGCGAGGAGUUCUCUCCUCCGGAGGCCAUGUCCUCUUCGGAACUGCCCGGUCAGCGCUCGCCUCGGCUCGUGCGCGGCGCCAGUCCGAUGAGGGAGGGCCUGCGGAGGACGCCGGUCGACGUCACGCACAUGGCAGAGGAGCGGCCACGAUCCCCGCGAAGACGUACCGAAUCGCCAUCGCGGAACAUCAUGGAGAUGCGCAGGGUGGAACCGAGACCGGCCAGUCCCCUGGCGCAGCGGGUCAUACGCGUGCAAGAGGUUCCCGUGGUGUCAGAAAAGGAGGAAGCUGUCCACCGAAAGACGCCCGUAGAGAUAACUGUUCGGAAAUUGGAGCGUAGACCUGAAAGUCCACUCGUGCAAAGACACACGGUCAUGAUGCAGGAGCGACUCACUCCAGCUCCCCCAAAACCUCCGAGGGUGCCCGUGCCCUCCCCCGAGGAGGAGAAGAUGGAGGUGGACACGACUCCUCUGACUCCGGUGCCUUCUGCCGCUCCUGCUGCGGCUCCACUAAAACUUGCCAUUCCCACCAUAAUUGUAGAGGAGGAACCGAUGGAGGUGGUUCCAGCAGAGGUUGACAAGCCAAAGAGAAGCAGUCCUGUCAAAGAGGCGAAACCGCAGAGGACCCGAGGGAGAGGCAGACGCACCAGGCCCAUGUCUCCCGAAUUCGAAUCCUCCGACGACUCGUACGUGUCCGCAGGGGAAGACCCCAUGGAGGCCCCCGUGUUUGAGUUCCCUCUCCAUGACGUCGUUGCGUCCACUGGCGUGGAGGUGGUGCUCAAAUGCAUCAUCGCUGGCACUCCUCUUCCAGAAGCCACAUGGAAGAGAAACAACACCGAGAUCAAGAGCAGCCCAACUCAUGUGGUGAAAGUGGAAGGGGAGAGGCACUCUCUGUUCAUAAAAUGGACGAAACCGGGCGAUGCUGGGACAUACACCGUCACAGCCACCAAUCAAGUGGGCUCAGCAUCUAGUAGUGCCACCCUCACCAUCAAAGCAGAGCCCUCACAGGAGCAGAGAGGGAACCUGGGAGUGCCCAUGGACGUGGCCAGUCCCAUCACCUCUGACGAGGAGUACCUGAGCCCCAUGGAGGAGAGCAUGGACUACGGCAGCUCCUACCGAGGCCCCGACACCCGCACAGUCAUGGACAGUCGAUUUAAGGAGCCACCUGCCUUUCAGGCUAUCACGAAUGACCAGGCUGUCAUUGAGGGGCAGGAGGUGACCAUGUCUGUCCGCAUGACAGGACAGCCCAAACCCAUGCUGUACUGGCUCAGAGACAGAGUGACCAUAAAAACGGGUCCCCGUCACGUGGUGCGUGAAACAGAAGACGGCGCCUUUGAGAUGAUUAUCAAGUCCGCGCAGAAGUCUGAUGCAGGGGUGUACACCUGCAAGAUCAUUAACGAGUACGGGACAAAGCAUUGUGAAGCUAAACUAGAAGUCAAUGCGCCCCCCAUAGAGCCGGGGCUGGCGGUGAUCCGGCCCGUCAGGGACAUCGGCGUGAAGGCCGGCGAGACGGCCCUGUUCGAGUGCCACGUGACGGGCCCGCAGGACGUGGACGUGGACUGGCUGUCCGACGGCAAGCUGAUCCAGCCGGCGCUGCUCAACUGCAAGAUGCACUUCGACGGCCGCCGCUGCCGGCUGCUCCUCAACUCGGUGCACGAGGACGACAGCGGCACCUACACCUGCAAGCUGAGCACGGCCAAAGAGGAGUUGACCUCCAGUGCCAAACUCAAAGUCGUUCCCUCCAUCGAGCCGCUCUUCACUCGCAAGCUGGACAUGCUGGAGGUGAUCGAGGGCCGCAACGCCCGCUUCGACUGCAAGGUCAGCGGGACCCCCCCGCCCAGUGUCACCUGGAAUCACUUCGACCAUCCUCUGGAGGAGAACGAGGACAUCCGCAUCUUAAAAGAAGGGGGGCGCCACUCUCUGGUCAUCUCGCACGUCAGCAACGAGGACGAGGGCUUCUACACGGUGGUGGCCCGCAACCCGCACGGAGACGCCGAGUGCUCCGCCGAGCUCUAUGUGCAGGAGCCCCGGCCAGCCAUCUCCUCCCAGAUGGCAAAGUUGGAGAAGAUGCCCUCUAUCCCUGAGGAGCCAGAGGUGCCUGAGAACGAAGUGGAGCGCUUCACCAUGCCCGACUUCGUCAAACCCCUGUACGACCUUGACGUGAUCGAGGGGAAGGAGGCCGUCCUCAAGUGCAAAGUGGCCGGCCUGCCGUACCCGACCAUCGCCUGGUUCCACAACGGCAAGAAGAUCGAAAGCACAGAAGACAGGAAGAUGACUCAAUUCAGGGACAUCCACAGCCUGGUGAUCCGCUCGGUGUGCCACGCCCAUGGCGGCGUCUACAAAAGCGUCAUCUCCAACAAGGUGGGCAAGGCCACCUGCUACGCCCAUCUGUACGUGACAGAUAUCAUCCCAGAUCCCCCAGAUGGUGCCCCGGUGGUUGAGUCCAUCACUGGCAAGACCAUCACCUUAAAGUGGAAGAAGCCCAAACGACUGGAUCCUUCCAUUGACCCUGCCUCCUUGAUGUACGCCGUCCAGCAGCAAGCCCUCGGCUCCAUCCAGUGGACCAUCAUCGCCUCCUGUCUGAAGGAGACGUCUUACAUGGUCACCGUGCUCACCAAGGGGGUCCGCUACGCCUUCAGGGUUCUGUCCAUCACCAGCAAGGCGUUCAGCAAGCCCUCGGCUGCCACAGACCCCGUACAGCUUUUAGACCGAGGUCCCUAUCUGCAGGAAGCUCCCGUCAUCAUUGACAAGCCCGACGUGGUGUAUGCGGUGGAGAACCAAUCAGUCAGCAUCAGCGUCACGCUCAAUCACGUCAACGCCACCGUCUCCUGGAAAAGGAAAGGGGCCACUCUGGUGAACCGGGCGGGGAUGUUUGAGUUGGGCAUGCCUGAUGACGACCAGCACACCCUCAAGAUCAUCAAGGCCAAGGGGGUGGACGUGGGUCAGUUCACGUGUGUCGCCGUCAACAAGUACGGCAGCGACACCUGCACCUUCACGCUAGAACUUGCCGCACCUCCAACGUUUGAGUCCAUCAUGGAGGACUUGGAUGUCAGUGUGGGAGAGACUCCUCGCUUUGCUGUGGUUGUUGAGGGAAAGCCAAUCCCAGAUAUUCUCUGGUAUAAGGAUGAUGUACUGCUGGCAGAGAGUAGCCAUUACACCUUUGUGUAUGACGAUAAUGAGUGUUCGCUGGUGGUGGUGAACACCAGUCCAGAGGACUCGGGGGUGUACACCUGCUGCGCCAAGAACCUGGGUGGCUCCGUCUCCUGCAAGGCUGAGCUGACGGUGCACACAGCCAAGAAGCGGAGCGAGGAUGCCAUGGAGGACGAGCAGUCCAUCCUCAGGAAGAUGCGCCGGCUGACUGAUUACUAUGACGUGCACAAAGAGAUUGGGAGGGGCGCCUUUUCAUAUGUGAAGCGUGUGGUGCAGAAAGCGGCGAAAAUGGAAUACGCGGCCAAAUUCAUCUCGGCACGCGCCAAAAAGAAGGCCUCAGCACUCCGCGAGAUGACCCUGCUGUCGGAGCUGGACCACGAGAGGAUCCUCUAUUUCCACGACGCCUUUGAGACCAAGAAUGCCGUCAUUUUAAUCACAGAGAUGUGUCACGAGGAACUUCUGGAAAGGAUGACAAAGAAAUCUGUGGUGAUGGAGUCGGAUAUCCGUUGCAGUAUCAGACAGCUGCUGGAGGGAGUGAGCUAUCUUCAUGAACAUAACAUCAUGCAUCUGGAUAUCAAGCCUGACAACAUUCUGAUGGCUGAUACCACGACUGAUCAGAUUCGCAUAUGUGAUUUUGGGAAUGCAAUCAAACUUACACCUGGCGAGGAUCUGUACUGCAAAUACGGCACUCCAGAAUUUGUUGCUCCAGAGGUUGUCAACCAGACACCUGUCUCCAAGGCAACUGACAUCUGGCCAGUUGGGGUCCUGACCUAUCUAUGCCUCACUGGUGUGUCCCCCUUCGCUGGGGAGAAUGACCGGAGCUCUGUCCUCAACAUCAGGAACUAUAACGUGGCUUUUGAAGAGAGCAUGUUUGCUGAUCUCUGCCCGGAAGCCAAGGGAUUUGUUAUCAAGCUGUUGGUGGCUGAUAAAGUGAGGCCUGAUACUAGUGAAUGUCUUCGUCAUCCUUGGUUCAAGAUUCUAAACAAAGGAAAGUCCAUUAGCACCGAAUCCCUGAAGAAGUUCUUGUCACGAAGAAAAUGGCAGCGAUCUCUUAUCAGCUACAAGUCGAAAAUGGUGAUGAGAUCCAUACCAGAGCUGCUAGAUGACUCCUCAAGUCACGUGUCCAUUGCCGUCCCAAAACACCUCAAAGAAGGCUCCCCUCCUCCUUCCUCUUCCUCAGACUCGGACGAGGACAUCGAGGAGCUGCCUUUCAUCCCCAUGCCUUUGAACUUGGGCUUCUCCGGCUCCAGAGUCUCCCUGACGGAAAUCCCAGCCGAGGAUGAGGCGGCGAGAAAGGCCAACGGCUCUGUUGAGGCGGCUGUGUCAGAUAGCCAGGGACAGGAGCCAAUGGAGUGUGAGCCGACCAAAAAGGACAAGGAGGGCGAGGACGCAUCUGUAAGAGGACGGGCAAAGAAGAGGUCGACUCAGGACGAGGGGAAGGGGUCAUCGGACGAGGAAUCAGGAGAGGUGGCCCCGAGGGUGGACCACCCCAAGAGGCCCCUGCGCAGGGGCUCCAGCAUGGACUCGGACAAGCCCGAGGGGGCCAGCCGCAAGAGGGGUGAGCUGCGCCGGGGCGGCUCGGCCGACAGCGCUCUGACGCUCCGCAUCAGUCCAGAAGAGGGCGCCAGAGAGGGGGGCGGCGAGGACGGCAGACGUGUCCUCAAGAAGGCCAUGUCCAUGGAGCUGCCGAGGAGGAGCCCGAGCCCCGGGGCCGGGAUGAUGAGCCAGGAGGACUACGCCCUGAAGCUGGAGCUCAUGCGGCAGCGGCUGCUCCGGGGCGGCAUGGUGGACAACAAGAUGAGCGGCCUGCGCGGGCCGCUGAUCGACACCCUGGGGAUGGGCGACGACCAACGGCGCUACACUCGCCGCGUGGGCGCCCCUCCACUCGUCAGGGCCGCCUCCAGCGAGUCCCCCCGAGAAGACAUCCCCAAGACCAAGGUGCUCCGCAAGAGCGCCUCCUUCAGCCAGGGCGACGACGUCGAGCCCAUGCCGCUGCACCGGCGCAUGGGGGCCCCGCUGGAGAUCCCGCUGGCUCAGAUCGAGGAGCGCCGGCUGCAGGAGGCCCAGUCCAUGUCUUGCCUCGCCGAGCCGCGGGCCGUCACCCCUAAACCCUCCACACCGGAACCAGAGCGUCAGGAAGCGCUGAGCAAGCAGGAGGAGAUGGAGCCUGAGAGAACGGAGAGCAAGCUGGAACAGAUGAUUGAGAGGAUGGAGACUAAGAUGGAAGAGAGGACUGAGAAGAUUGAAAAGACUGAGAAGAUUGAGAAGAUGGAGACUAAACAGGAAGAGGAGGAAACGGCUAUGGAAACAGAAGUGGUGACCACAGUGGAGGCUGGAAGUGAUAAGAGACCUGGAGAUGCGGGUGGCUCAAGAGUAGUGGAAACAGUAGAGGUCGUUCCAAAGGUGAUCCAAAAGGCAUCCACACCUAGUAUGCUCCAAAGAAGUGUGAUAGAGGAAAAAAUUGAAGAGGAAGAUGAGGAGGAAGAAGAAGAGGAAAGGAAGGAAGAAGAGUAUAAAGAUGAAGGGACAGUGUACGGUACCGGAAUUGAUAUUAUAAGAAAGGAUGAUGUGGACAUGCACCCGCCAGUUAGAUCACCAGAUGUCCCUGGACCCUCCAGCCCUGUCGUGGUGGCACCAGCACCCCCGAGAGUCCAGACUUCAGUCGUCUCAACCUACAUGACGCCAACUCCAAGUCGGGUGGUACUUCCAGAUGGCAGGAUGUCGGCCUAUGCCAGUAUAAUGCAGACUAUUGCUGCACCAGCUGCCCCACCAGCCAGCGGCUCAGCUGCACCAGGCCCUACCCAAUACCCACCAUCAGUGCCUGUCUACGCACCCGUGUUCCCUGAACCGACACCGGCGUUUGCUGAGACUUCUGUUGCCCAAACCCGGGAGCACCCAGCUGUCUUCUCCAGGGUGGCAUCCCCGGAGCUUUCUGCCAUGGAGCCGAGUCCGCCAAAGACACCCACGUUGCGUCACUCUCCCAUGAAGGAGGGCACCCCAACACCGAGUGGAGGCAGCUUCAAGGACAUUGCGUCCGAGGAGGUCUUUGAGGCUCGCUUCAAGAAGCGUGAGUCAUCCUUGACCCGUAGCCUCAAAAUGCUCUCCUGGCAGAAGCCUGAGGAGAAGCCAGUUGCGGUGUCUGCUGAGGACACUGACGAGCAGGUCUACCGGCCUGGGGAGAUUGGGGCCCCGCUCGAGCUCGUGCCCAAGAGGCUGGAGGAGAAGUCCAAGUCGGUCCAGGAUCUCCGCGAGGCCCAGAAGGACCCGGGCUUCAUGAGGAGGCUUUCCAUGCGCCUGCGGAGGACACCGUCCGAGGAGCGCAAGGAGGAGAAGGCCAAGGAGGAGGAGCAUCAGUCGAGGCGCAGGCUCUCCUGGGCUCUGGGUCGCCGCGGCUCCCAGGAGAAGAAGGAGGUGGAGAUGGUGAGGAUGGACGGUGGGGUGGAGACUCCGGCAGAACAGGAGAGCAGCAAGAAGCCCGGCGAAUCUCCGGUCUUGGCCAUGCGCAAGAAGAUCGGCUCCACCGUGGCCGGCAUAUCUAUGCGGAUCCGCAGCUACUCGGAGGAGAGGAAGACCAGGACCCAGGAGGAAGAGGGCAGCGUGACCAGGAGGCCUUUCCUGUCACUCCUGCGCCGCACUUCAACUGGGGCCUCCAAUGAGUCACUGGAGUCCAUGUCCAGCGUCCAGUCCGAUGCCACAGCCAAGGCGGCUGCCGAGACUGACCGGAGGUCCAGGUGGGACAGAUGGGGCUUGAGCAGAAGCAAGAGGGACAAGACGGUCUCCCAGCCUGACCUCCCCACUGCCAUCGCCAGGGAGAAUGGCUCGCUCUCGCGCUCCCGCCAGUACUCUCGACUGACCUCAGAUUUCCCUCCUGUGUUCCACAUCAAGCUGAGGGACCAUGUCCUCCUGGAGGGAGAUCCAGUCACUCUGAGUUGCCUUCCUGCUGGCAGCCCCCACCCACACAUCCAGUGGAGGAAAGAUAAGAAGCCGCUGGAGAUCGACGCGCGGAUGAACAUGAUCUCCUGUCCCGACGGGAGGCAGCUGCUGAUGAUCAUGAAGACCACCAAGAAGGAUGCGGGGCUGUACGAGUGCGUGGCCACCAACCCUCUGGCCUCCGUCACCAGCUCCUGCACCCUCUCCCUCGCCCGUCUUCCCAACCGCCCGGGGACCCCCGAGGUUCCGCAGCGCUACAAGAACACUGCUCUGGUGGUGUGGAGACCCUCAGACACCAUGGCUCCCUGCACCUACUCCCUGGAGAGGAAAACCGAGGGUGAAGCCAACUGGCUCAUGGUGGCCACUGGUGUGGCAGACUGCUACUUCAAUGUCACUGACCUGCCGGCCUCUGGUGCCAUCCGGUUUAGAGUGGCCUGCGUAAAUAAAGCUGGACAGGGACCCUACAGCAACCUCUCAGAGAUGGUGGUCCUGGACUCUGCAGAAACUCCAAAAUCCACUGGAGCUGUUGUGGUGAAGACCCUCCCAUCAGCACCCGCGGUGGUCACAUCUUCCAUGACGGUGCCCCUGAAGCCUGCCAUCACCAAACCUGCGGCCCCCUCCUCCGCCCCUCCCGCCCAGCCUAUUGCUCCCUCGGCUCCAGCCCAGCCCAGCAAGCCCACUGCUCCUGUACAGGCAGUCACUGUUCCCACCUCCAUGCCAUCCCCCGCCAACACCCCCACCACCGCCACCGCCCCAACAUCUGGCAAAGUCACAACCACAACCACGGCCACGACUGCCAAAGCUAAGAGCACCCUAAACAUCACCAUGGCUAAGCCCGCACCCCCCAGCACCCAACCGCAGACAACAGUGUCAGCUGUUACCAAACCACAAGCGACAGCUGUCACCAAACCACAAGCGACAGCCGUCACCAAACCACAAGCGACAGCCGUCACCAAAUCACAAACCCCUGCCGUCACCAAGCCACAAGCUGUCACCAAACUUGCGCCCCCCGUGGUCCUUCCCAAGCCACAGAGCCCGAUCAACGUGGUACCCCCCAUGACCAAAGCUCCCCCUGUCUCCCCACCACCACUGGUCUCAGCCCCGCAGGCCAUCGGAAAGCCGAUCUCGACCGUGCCGAUGUACACCACUACCGCCGGCACCACCUCAGCCGCACAGGGGGCCCCCACCACCCUCUCCACUGCCAUCUCGCCCCCUGUUGUGCUGGUAACCAGCCUGACCCCGCUUGUGGACGGCACCCAGGGCCGCAUGACGCCCAGUGGACGGAUGACACCUUCAGGCCGGGCCACCCCUUCAAGUCUCAGGGUGCCCUCCGGAAAGGGUGGAGAGUCCAUGUUGCGCCAGGGGGUGCCACAGAAGCCAUACACCUUCAUGGAUGAGAAGGCCAGGGGUAGGUUUGGCGUGAUCCGAGAGUGCCGGGAGAACGCCACUGGCAAUCUCUUCAUGGCCAAAAUUGUGCCGUACGAGCCGGAGAACAAGAAGUCUGUGCUCCAGGAGUACGACAUCCUCAAGUCCCUCCACCACGACAAGAUCAUGGCCCUGCACGAGGCCUACGUCACACCGCGCUACCUGGUCCUCAUCUCCGAGUGCUGUGUGGGGAAGGAGAUCCUCCACAGCCUCAUCGACAGGUUCCGCUACUCUGAAGACGAUGUGGUGGCCUAUGUCGUCCAGAUACUGCAAGGUCUCGACUACCUUCAUAAUCGGCGAAUCCUGCACCUGGACAUCAAGCCAGACAAUAUUAUCGUGACGCACAUGAACGUGGUGAAGAUCAUUGAUUUUGGCUCUGCUCAGACCUUCAACCCCCUCUUCCUGAAACAGUUCAACCCACCACUGGGGACUCUGGACUACAUGUCUCCUGAGAUGCUGAAAGGGGAUGUGGUGGGGCCGCCAGCUGACAUCUGGAGUGUAGGCGUCCUAACCUACAUCAUGCUCAGUGGGAAGUUGCCUUUUACGGACGACAUGCCGGCUGAUCCGGCCGAUACAGAAGCCAGGAUCCAGGCCGCUAAGUUUGACCUCGGCAAGCUCUACCAGAAUGUUUCUCAAAGUGCCUCCCUGUUCCUCAAGAAGAUUCUGUGCAGCUACCCUUGGGCCCGACCCACGAUCAAGGACUGCUACAACAACGCCUGGCUGCAGGACGCCUAUCUGAUGCGUCUGCGGCGACAGACCCUCACCUUCACCACCACGCGCCUCAAGGAGUUCCUGGUCCAGGAGCAGCAGCUCCGCACCGGGGCGGCCACCAAGCACAAAGUCCUCCUGCGCUCCUACCAGAGCUCGCCCGCCACCCCCACUACGCCCACCACCCCCAUCACACAGUGACCUCCUCCACCUUAGCUGCACAGAAGGAGGGACACGACCCCCCCACCCCCACAAGAAAGAAGCCUGGCAGAGUCCCCCCAAAAGGAGGCUGGCUGGGCUGAGCUGCGCCCCAGGCCCCCUUCUCUCUCUCCCAGGGGGAAGGACAGUCCUGGUAGAGCCUGAAUGGGCCACAUGUCUAUGUAAUAAUGUAAGCACACCAGGCCUACUUGGUGCCAGGCACCAAGUACCCAGCUCUUGCUCACUCAACCACCGAGAGGUCCGCUCUGAGGUGAGACCCUGAAAGCGACACUGAACACUGAGAACUCAGCAUCUCACACAACCGGACAGUAAUAACGCACCGGCUCUCAAUGUCUUUUUUUUUUACCUCUUUCGGCGGUUGGCAGCAUGCUCAGUGGUUUAGUGUUCAUUGUCUUGGAUCCUCGUCCUUGACCCUUGACCCUAACCCCUGCCUCCUUCCUUCUCCCUGGUUCUCUUGACAUUCUUCUACUCACUCAACUUUUUUGACAAAGCUUUACUAACUGUUCACAGUUGAUGUGUCCUUCUUUGAGGGAUUUGUGGACCUAUCAAGGUAGAGCCCAGUAACAGUAUUUUCUCACAAACUCAUUUAUCAACAACAACAAAAAAAAACACUAAUAAGUAAAUGACUAUUUGCAAGAAAAUCAAAAGCAUAAGAAAAUAUGUAAAUGUGUAAUUCUGUUUUGUCCCCUUAGGUUGAGCGGGGGCCUUGCAAUUUGUGAAGAAUAUGGUGUAUAUCUUUUUUUCUGCUAGUUUUUAUGACCUUAAGAUACUCUUUUAUUACAAGUAAUUGUCAUAGCAGAGACAUAUCUAAAUACUGAAUGUUGACUGAUGAUGAAUGGGCACUCUAAAUUCUCGCAGUUGUGUAAGAGGACAUUUGACCGUUAAGAUCUCUCAAAUACAGUGUACUGCUAGAGACUAAAAUGAGUCAAAAAUGAUGUCAAGACAUUUUAACGGGUUUAGUGUCAAAUUGUUUGUCAUCACAUCUUACAUAAAAGGUUGCUGAAAGUUCAAUUAAAAUCACCCAAGCAUUCUUUUUGUUGCCAAAUGCUUCAUAAAACUGACAAAAAAAAUCUGAUGAAAUAACAUUUUUAUGUUAUAAUGAAAACAAUUUUGUUGUCUUUUGACUUUUACAUAGCAGUGUUAGUGGAGCUAACUCACUGUUCUUGAAAAAAAAAUAAAACAUUGAUUUAGCCAAAAAAAAUGGAAAUGAGAAAUUUCUCAAAAAUUAUGGUUCAGUACAGUAUUUUUUAUGUUUGGGGGUAUUACCGUAUAAGAUAAUUAGCAGUCCUGUCUCUGAAUGGUUGCCUACAGUCUUGUGCCUGCCUGAGUUGCUGUGUUGCAGACUCACAGGUGAACCUCAUGUGACUUGUAGCGUGUUGAACCUACACACAUGACUAAUUUUGCUGACAUUGUGUGUGUGUAAAAAUUGUUGUCUGGACAUUGACCACACACCGUGUUUGCAAACGUCAGUGUUGUGGUUAAAAGGGUUUUUUUGUCUGUAGCCGACAGGUGCAAGACACCCAUUUAAUUUAGCAUUUUUAAACAUUGACACACUUCAUAUAAACAUUUGAAUCAUUCAUUGUGUCACAACAGCUGUUUUGCUGAAUGUCAUUUCAAAGCCCUUCCACGGAAUUCAAAUAUAAACAGGAUGUCCUCUCUUGACUGUGCACACAUUGUCCUGCUGUUAAGAAAAGAGACGACAAAUAUUGCAUCUUUUUUCAUGUUAUUUUUUUCCUGUUAUGCUUGCACUUUUACCUUAAUCAUAGCUUAAUAUAAUAAUAUAGUUUUAUUUAAAUAUAUUGUACAUUGGUUCAUUCAAUCUAAACCAUGCCAGCAAAUGUUUAAUUGCACCUGUUGAAUUGCAAGUGUUUCUGGCAUCCUGACAGAGUUCUCAUAGUUACUUACACAAUUUGCAAGUUCUCGCAAUUCUUAAACUACUUUACAUUGUGAAAUUGAUGUCUUUGGAAAUUGUUCAAUCCAAAAUUUCACAAUUAGCAGUAAAUAAUACUUUUCAUGCAUAAUUCAUCAGAAGUUAAGAUUUUUUAAGAAUUCAUUUCAAUUUGGGAUUAUUUCAUGUUAGUAUUAUUUAUGUGUAGGUUCAGUGAAUGUGUUAAGAUUAGAAUUUUACGAAUCAACACAUUUUUUUUCUGUAAAGUGAAUGAGAUUUUUCAAGCCAGUUCCAAAUAGAUGUAACUGAUAUCUUGGCCCACUAAAGCGUCCCUUUACUGAAGCAGCCACAGCUUUGAAACUAUAAGUAUAUUUGGUACAAUUGGGGUGUUAUCAGUUGAGAAAACAUGGUGGCUAGGUUAUCCAAUCAGACCGUGAUGGGAUAACAAGACACCACUACAAAGAACACCAGACUAAUAUCCUUAAAUAUUCUAACUAAUAUUCUUUUUCUAUUCCAAUGUUUGAUAGGCAUUGACUCCAACCCCUUUAAGAGUUUAAUGUGCAAUGACCAGGAGAGUGCACUGAAACAUUUCAAUCCUUCAUCCCAUACUUAGACUGAAGCUAAAGCAGCAGUUUGUGUGAUACCAAAGCUGUUCAUAUUGAAUUCCCUGUAAUGCAGCAAUGUUCUGAUACAGUAUAUUGCAAUGUCCAGAUGGUAAACGCAAAUUACAAGCACAUAGUCACACAUUUUGGUUUCAGUACAUUUUUUCAUGACUUGUAAUUUAUUGAACGAGACAAGCAAAUGGGUGUAAAGUUGUAUCUAACUUAUAGCUAGAAUUCUCUGAAGUGAACAGUAUGGCUGAUGAAACGACAAAUAAAAGAAUUUAUCACUGAAAUGCCCAGUCAAGAGUUUGUGGUUGUGAAUAUGGUUUUGUAUUAUUUAUUUUUUUGUGUGAUUUUUUUUGUUCCUUUAUCAUGCUAAACAACCCCUUUAAUGUGAAUCUGAAUAAAGCUUUUAUUUCUGGAUUGCAUAAUGUUGCACUAAA